UCUAUGGAGGGGCCCUGGGACCCCAGCCCCAAGGGAUGCCAAGCCUUGGGCCUCCCUUUUUGGGCCCCUGAGCUGGCCAAGUGAUCUCCAGCCCCAACCCUCUCCGCUUUGCCCUUGGCUGGCUUUGAGAAGGGGGCACAGAAGGGGCAGAAGAGUGGUGCCAGGCCAAAAGGGAGCUUACCCCAGUUGCCAUGCCGCCCUUUGCCCCCUCUGCCAACUGGAAGGGGCUGGCUGUUACUGGUGGCUCUGGCCAUGCCUGGCAAAGCCUCGAAGUGGGGGGGCUGGUACUGGGGACCAGGGUUCAAAUGCUGCCACUCAGCCAUGGACAAAGGCACACUCUUUCAGCCUCCAAAGAGAAACCCAUACUCCAGUUGGACACCAGUGCUGUGGAAUUCUGGGAAGUGCUUGUUGCAGCACCAAAAGGAACUCCCCCUCCCCAAAAAAAGCUUUGAACCCAGUGGUGUCCCUUUCCCUCCUCUCUUUCUGGCCCCAAAUAAGAAGCUCCAAGAAGAAGGGCCCAGUCCCACCCCCUUCUUCUGCCAUGCAGAAAGUCUCUCCCAAAGCAUGCCUAGUGGCAGAGGGCCAGCCAGCAGCAGCCAAGGGAAGGCCUUUGGGGAGGGGGCCCUGUCUGGAAGGAGCUCUCUAGCUGCACCAAAGGUAUAGGGUUCCAAGGGUAAGCCAAGAAAGGAGACCCACCUCCGGCCCAGGGAAGGCCUGGCCUGGCCCUCCUCCUCCUCCUCCUCCUGCUGCAGCAGACUGCCCUCCAAGACCCCCAGGGACUACAACUCCCAGGGUUCCCUCCUCGCGGCAGGAGAAGGGCGGGGAAGCAGGGGCGGGGCCAAGGGGGCGGAGAAUGGGCGUGGCGUCCUCCUCGAGGCCCCUCCCCCGAGCCGGGCUGCCAGCCAUGGGCUCCUCCGGGGAGGAGAAGGACCCCUUCCGGGAGAGCUGGCUCCGCUACCUGGGAUACACCAACGAAGUCGGGGAGUCCUUCCGGGCCGUGGUGCCCGUCUCCGUGGUCUGGGCCAGCUAUGGCAUCGCCACCGCUUACGUAACCGCCGACGCUGUCGAUAAGGGCAAGAAGGCUGCCACUGCUGCUGAGGAAGAGGGCCGGGCCAGGCGGGCCACGGUGGCGGUGGCGGACACCUUCGUCUGGCAGGCCCUGGCCUCUGUCGCCAUCCCCGGCUUCACCAUCAACCGCAUCUGUGCCGCCUCCCUCUACCUCUUGGGCCGCAUGACCCACUGGCCCCUGGCGGCCCGGAAGUGGGCCACGACGGCCCUCGGGCUCUCGGCCAUCCCCUUCAUCAUCAAACCCAUUGACAGGUCGGUGGAUUUCUUGAUGGACUCCAGCCUUCGGAAACUCUACAAGGCGAAGGAGAAACCCCCUACUUCCUUCUGAGAUGAUGAUGAUGAUGAUGAUGAUGAUGGAGCACAUGGCCGCCCUUGGGUUGCCUCUGCUCCCUUGGCCUCUACCUCUCCCUGGAUAUCCAGGGUUUUAAAUUCAUUGGAAUCCAACUAGCAGGAGCCACGGAUCUGUCUUGAAUUAUGUUGUAUGUUAUGUCUUGAAAUUGGGUUGUCUGGGUGCAAGUGUGGAUGGGGAGACAUUUUAAGUUGCAAUAAAUUAAACAUUAACUGCC